CGCGUGGAAGUCUGUUUCAGUACCAUGGAGAGCAGCGCAGUCUCAACGCAGUGGUUUUUUUGGUAUAAUUCACGUCCCUAAAACAAAGGAGACCUGUUAUAUAUUCACGCAUUUCCAAUAAAGGCCCGUUUAAGCGCUGACCUUUCACAAAAACUAGCGUUUAGCUCAAGUAAUUCGUCGCUUCUGGCCGUGAAGCGCCUGUGAAGUGUCACGUGACGCGGCUCUUAUUUGGCGCCUGCAAAAAAAAACACACAAACUCAUGACGCACCUGAGCUUAAAAUUAGACUUGCAUUUGCGCAACACAUUUACAUAAAGCCCAGCGCGUCCGUGUAUAAAUUGCAGCGAACGCACGAGUUUUCCUCUCAGCUGCGCUCCUCAUUUGGUGUCGAUCAAUUGGAUAUAUCUAUUUUAGAUACAGUGACCCGUUCCCCACCGCUCGAGAAUCGAUGAAGACGGACAGUAUAGUGCAAGCCAUCCCGCUGAGCGGCAGAAAGCGCAGUCUGAUCGAGGACGCGCGGCGCGACCGGGAGAGCGGCUCGUCGUCUCCGGGGCCCUCGCGCUGCGGGGACGGCUUCGUGUUUGAGGAGGAGAGCGGCGGCAAAGGCACGCUCUGCGUCCUCUUUGCGCUCAGAAAUGAGAAGAACGCAGGCUUCUUUAAGGCUGGCAAAGUCUUCGAGACUUUUGAGGCCAAGCUCCUCCAUUUGGAGAGUCGACCGAGCAGGAAGUCCAAGAAAAGCGCUGGAGAUGAUCUGGAGUUCUUCAUGAGGUGUGAGGUGCACUGCUCCGACACCGACAUCUUCAUCAACUCCUUAAAAAGAGUCGCAGAUGAUGUGAGAAUAGUGCAGGAAGAAAAACUUCCUUGGUUUCCAAAGACGAUUUCUGACCUGGAUAAAUGCAACCAUCUCAUAACAAAAUAUGACCCUGAUCUGGACCAGGAUCACCCUGGGUUCAGUGAUCCAGAAUACAGGAAACGAAGAGGAAUCAUUUCUGAACUGGCUUUCAACUAUAAGCAUGGCGAUCCUUUACCUGUAGUGGAAUACACUCCAGAAGAGAUUGCCACUUGGAGGGAGGUCUACAGGACUCUGAGCGGUCUGUACCCCACUCACGCCUGCAGACAAUUUCUAGAAGCCCUCGCCCAGCUGGAGAGCGAACGCUUGUACGGAGAGGACAAGAUCCCUCAGCUAGGAGAAGUGUCUGCUUUUCUCAGAGAGAGGACGGGUUUUCAGCUGCGUCCAGUGGCAGGGCUGCUUUCUGCUCGGGACUUCCUAGCCAGUCUGGCAUUUAGGGUGUUCCAGUGCACCCAGUAUAUCCGUCACCCUUCAGCUCCCAUGCAUUCCCCUGAGCCUGACUGCUGCCAUGAGCUUCUUGGACACAUUCCCAUGCUUGCUGACAAAGAGUUUGCUCAGUUCUCACAGGAGAUUGGACUUGCCUCGCUUGGAGUAUCAGACGAUGAUAUCGAGAAACUGUCCACACUGUACUGGUUUACAGUGGAGUUUGGUCUCUGUAAGCAAAAUGGUACAGUGAAGGCCUAUGGGGCUGGACUCCUGUCCUCAUACGGAGAGCUUUUGUAUGCCCUUUCUAAUGAACCCCAGUACAAACCGUUCAAUCCAGCUGAGACUGCGGUCCAGCCAUACCAGGACCAGUCAUAUCAGCCUGUUUACUUUGUGUCCGAAAGCUUUGAGGACGCCAAGCACAAGUUAAGGCAGUACUCAUCCACAAUACAGAAGCCCUUCUCCAUUAGAUACGAUCCCUACACUUGCAGCAUGGAGGUUUUGGAUGAGCCUUCUAAGAUCCAGAAUGCUUUAGCGCAGAUGAGGGAUGACCUGAAGAUCUUACAUAAAGCCCUUGAGAGGAUGGGACAGAAAUAAACCAGAGUGCGAGACACAGCAUCAUCAAUAACAACUAUUUAUUUACGGAAAGCCUUAUGAAUAUUGCUGAUUACACGGCGUAAGAUCCGGUGUUUAAAUGUAUAUGUAUCACCUUUAAAUGUAACGAAGAGUUCUGUUUACCAAAAUAAUAAAUAUCUUUAUUUUGACUACCACAGCGAUGCCAUUAAGAAGAACUGUUUUCUUAAAGAACAAUUUUUUUUUUUGCCAGUAUAAAGAACAUCUUGUGGAAUGGAAAGAUGUCAACGAAUCUUUAUUUUUAAGAGUAAUCCUUCAAAUUAUGAACACAAUCAUUUCAGUUCCCCCUAAAACACGUAACUCCUAAAAUCCAAGAGCCAUAUCGGAAGGGACUAUAUCAGAAUGCAAAUUAUUCAUAGGCUGUUUAGACCAUGUCAAUAUGAAUAUGAACACAAAACCAAAAUAAACA